UAUCGCAUUCACGCUGCUCAUCACUAUUAUUGAUUAAAAUUUGUUGGCUUGGAGCACCCGGAAUUGGAGCACCGAAUAGGAGCACGAUGAGCGGCUACCGAGGCAUCGGCGGUGGGGGCUUCCCCUACCGCAAGCCAGUAAGUUCCGGCAACAACAUGAACGCCGUGCCCCCACCCCCCAUGUUGAAUGCGCGGGGCUAUGUGGGCGCCCGAGGAGGUGCAUCCAUUUCUGGCGGAGCGGCCCGCGGUGGGCUUACGGGGAGUGCGCCGACAACAUCGACUUCCAAGCACGGCUACUCCACCUUGGACUCCAUCAGUCAGUACACCAACGCAACGAAUCUGGUGGGCAAGAGGAAACACCACACGGACGACGAUUACUUCGACGACGACGAUGAGCCCCGGGAGAAGGAGAUGGAACAGGCGUACAUACCCGCACCUGGAUCCCCGGGAGCACCUGCCCCGCCAGACAAAAAGCAAGAGGAAUCCGACUCGGAUGAGGAUCCGCUGGAGCAGUUCAUGGCCGGCAUUAACCAACAGGUGGAGAAGGAGAAGCGCCAACAGGCCCCCAAGCCUCCAACUCAGGCGGUAAGGGGCGACAUUGAUGACGAGGACGACGAGGAGAGCUACUAUCGCUACAUGAAGGAGAAUCCCAAUGCCGGUCUCCGCGACGAGGGAUCUGACCCAGAAAUUGAGUACGACGAAGACGGCAAUCCCAUUGCUCCUCCCAAGAAGAAGGAAAUUGAUCCCCUGCCGCCCAUCUACCAUUCUGAAAUCGAAUACGAACCCUUCGAGAAGAACUUCUACACGCAGCAUGAAGACAUAGCUGCCCUGGAUGAGGAACAGGUGCGGGAAUUAAGGCGCACCCUGGGCGUGAAGGUGACGGGGCCUUCGCCACCCAAGCCAGUCACCUCCUUUGGUCAUUUCGGUUUCGAUGAGCAACUCAUCAAGGCCGUAAGAAAAGCGGAGUACACACAGCCCACUCCUAUACAAGCUCAAGCUGUGCCCACCGCCUUAUCCGGCAGAGACAUCAUAGGCAUAGCCAAGACGGGUUCCGGCAAAACAGCAGCCUUCAUCUGGCCCAUGCUGAUGCACCUUAUGGAUCAAAGGCAGCUCAAACCAGGCGAUGGACCCAUAGGUCUUAUCCUAGCACCCACUCGUGAGCUUUCGCUACAAAUCUACAACGAGGCCAAGAAGUUUGGCAAGGUCUACAACCUGACUGUGGUCUGCUGCUAUGGCGGAGGCUCCAAGUGGGAGCAGAGUAAAGCCCUGGAGCAGGGAGCUGAGAUUAUAGUGGCCACGCCCGGACGAAUGAUUGAUAUGGUCAAGAUGAAGGCCACCAAUCUGAGAAGGGUGACCUUCUUGGUGCUCGACGAAGCCGAUCGCAUGUUCCACAUGGGCUUCGAGCCCCAGGUGCGCUCCAUCUGCAAUCACGUGCGCCCAGAUCGUCAAUGCCUGAUGUUCUCCGCCACCUUUAAGAAGCGAAUCGAACGUUUGGCAAGGGAUGUGCUCACCGAUCCGGUGAGAAUAGUACAGGGAGAUCUGAACGAGGCCAAUCAGGACAUUACUCAGUCCGUCUACGUCUUCCCCAAUCCCCUGCAGAAGUGGAAUUGGCUGUUGUGCCACCUGGUGAAGUUCCUUUCCGAAGGCAGCGUCCUAAUUUUCGUGACCAAAAAAGCAGAUGCCGAAACUGUUGCGAAUAAUCUUUUGCUAAAGGAACACAACUGCCUAUUACUCCAUGGCGAUAUGGAUCAAGCGGACAGAAAUAAGGUAAUUACACAGUUUAAGAGGAAGGAAUGCGACAUCCUAGUGGCCACUGAUGUGGCUGCCAGAGGAUUGGAUAUACCGCAUAUCAGGAAUGUGGUGAAUUAUGAUAUCGCCAGGGACAUUGACACUCACACGCACAGAAUUGGACGAACUGGCAGAGCUGGCGAGAAGGGUAACGCUUUCACUCUAGUUACCGACAAGGACAAGGAGUUCGCCGGUCAUCUCGUGCGGAACUUGGAGGGUGCCGAUCAGCUGGUGCCCGACGAUCUAAUGGAGCUGGCCAUGAAGAGCUCCUGGUUCCGCAGUUCGCGUUUCAAGCAGGGCAAAGGGAAGAGGCCGACGAAUACACACACAGGAUUGGGCUAUCGGGAGAGAGGAAAUGGCGGUGGUUUCGGAUCGGCUGAUGGCUCGGAAUCUGGCACCAGGGGAUCUGUCCAUAGUCCAACUGAAGGACCCUCCAACAAAUCCUCUUCCAGCGCAGGACCUGCCACCGAUCGCUAUGCAGCCAUGCGGGAGGCCUUCCGAUCCCAGUAUAACAACCAAUUUCGAGCCUCCAGCGAUCGGACCUGGGAGAAAACUCUGCCAGAUUCCGGAGUCUUUGCUGCGCCAAUGGCACCUCCAUCGUCAUCCCAAGGAGCCCCCUCCUCGUCCAGCAGCAGCAGCAACCAGGACGCCAAAAGGGCCAAGAAGAGCCGCUGGAAUUGAACGAAGGGCCCAAAAAACUGACGCUGCUCUUUGGUUUAUUUCUCUUCAUAUUAUUUAAUGUGUAUUUGCUUUUGUUCCAUCGUUUAAAAUUACAGCUUAUGGACUAAAUUUAAACAUAUUAUAUAUAAUCAGAUAUAUACCAUGUUCAUUCAUAAAGAUUACGUUAGUUAAAUACUCGUAUGUACAACUCUCUUCCUUCGCAGCCAGUUCCAGCGAACGAUCCCACAGAUCCAAAUAAAAAUCUUUAUUAAUUGUAA